AUGGACUAUCGUGUCGGGACUUGGACUUCCAGUCGGAGUUGUUGGGGUCGAGAAGCCAGGACAAGGAGUCAUGAAAAACGAGAGGGUACAUGGUCAGGUAUACGAUUACAUGGAGGAGAGGCUGCGUACAUUCUAUGGACAAAAGAACGUAUUUGGAAUCGUUUCAACUUACAAUCAAUGGAGGACGAGACAUUCAUCAAGGCUGUCAAGGAUGAGAUCAGUCGGUUCGCAAAAGAUGGUCUCUUGCACAAUGAUCUUCACCGUCGACAUUCCAUCAUGUCUCAUGAAUUAAUCAAAGAAGAUGAUGGACCAAAGAAAAUUGGUCAUAUACAAUUUGGUAUCUUAUCACCAGAGGAUAUGAUUAGACUUUCGCAUGUACAUAUUAUAAAUAGAGAAUUGUUUAGUCAAGAAAAGAGAGCACCAAUGCCAUAUGGUUGUUUGGAUAACAAGUUGGGUACAUCAGACAAGGGUGUCAAUUGUCAAACUUGUGGUCUUAGUAUCGUCGAUUGUGUCGGUCAUUUUGGUUACAUUGAUCUUCAACUACCUGUAUUUCAUAUAGGUUAUUUUAAAAAUAUUACAAAUAUAUUACAAAUGAUUUGUAAAAAUUGUUCAACAGUAUUAUUAGAUGAUGAACCAAAAGCAACAUAUCUAAGAAAGAUGAGAAAUAGAAAAUUGGAUGUUUUACAAAGAAGAGCAUUGUUUAAAAAGGUGUAUACAGAUUGCAGAAAGAAAAAGAUAUGUCCUAAAUGUAAUUCUGUCAAUGGACCUGUGAAAAAGGUGUCGGCUUUGAAAUUGAUACACGAGAAAUACAAAAAAGAGGAAGAGCAUCGUGACUUGAUUGAACAGUUUGAAGAUGCUCUCAAAGCCAAUGCAGAGAUGAGGAAUCAUGUUAAAAAGGCACAGGAGGAUCUCAACCCUCUGGUGGUGUUUAACUUGUUUAAACGUAUCUCGUAUCAAGACACGGAACUGUUAGACAUGGACCCAGAUGUGGGACGUCCCGAACGUCUCAUUUUAACACAUUUGUUGGUGCCACCCGUGUCGAUCCGUCCAUCGGUGCCAAUGGACGGUGGCAGUGGCUCGAAUGAAGACGAUUUGACAAUGAAGUUGUCGGAAAUCCUACAUAUCAACGAUCACAUCAAAACCAACGUCGACCGUCUUGAAAUGCAGGCAGUUGUCGAGGAUUGGGAUUAUUUGCAGGCGUCGGUUGCUAUUUACAUCAAUUCCGAGCUGCCUGGUCUGCCACUGCAGAUGAAACCACAGAAACCAAUUCGUGGCCUAUCCCAACGUCUCAAAGGAAAGACAGGACGUUUCCGUGGUAAUUUGUCGGGUAAGCGUGUCGAUUUCUCUGGUCGUACCGUUAUCAGUCCUGAUCCCAAUCUUAAUAUCGACGAGGUUGCCAUCCCGCAACUGAUUGCUGUCACGAUGACGUAUCCCGAGCGUUGUACAUCGUUCAACAUCCAACGUCUCCAAAAGUAUAUUAUCAACGGUCCAGACAAACAUCCAGGUGCCAAUUAUAUCAUCUAUCCAGACGGCGAAAAGAAGUGGCUCAAAUAUGGUAACCGUGAAAAGUUUGCUGCCGAACUCAAGAUUGGUGAUAUUGUGGAGCGUCAUUUGAUCGAUGGUGACGUCAUGUUGUUUAAUCGUCAGCCAUCGCUUCACAAGCUGUCGAUUAUGUGUCACAAGGCACGUGUCAUGCCUUGGCGUACACUACGUUUCAACGAGUGUGUGUGUACACCGUACAAUGCCGAUUUCGAUGGUGAUGAAAUGAACAUUCAUUGUCCACAGACGGAAGAAGCACGUGCUGAAGCACUCAUUCUGAUGGGUGUCACCAACAACCUGAUCACACCACGUAACGGAGAACCAUUGGUUGCUGCGACACAGGAUUUCUUGACGUCGAGUUACUUGAUCUCGCGUAGAGAUGCGUUUUACGAUCGUGCACGAUUCACUCAGAUGUGUACGCAUUUUGCCGAUGCCUACGAACACAUUGAUCUGCCACAACCUACCAUUGUCAAGCCUAUCGAGUUGUGGACUGGCAAACAGCUGUUUGAAGUUUUACUUCGUCCCUCUGUAAAGUCGCAUGUACUCGUCAACUUUGAAACCAACUCGCGUACCUAUACCAAGAACACGUAUAUGUGUCCGCGUGAUGGAUACGUGUGUUUCCGUAACAGUGAACUUAUGUGCGGGUCGAUUGACAAGUCGAUCAUUGGUGGUGGUAACAAAGACUCUUUGUUCCAUGUGCUGAUGCGUGACUUUACGCCGGCUAUUGCUGCCAAUGCCAUGACGCGUCUGGCCAAGCUGUGUGCUCGGUUCUUGGGAGACCAGGGGUUCUCUAUUGGCAUUCCCGAUGUCAAGCCAUCGCCCGACCUCAACGCCAAAAAGGACGCUAUCAUCAAACGUGCACACGACAAGUGCGAUGUCUUCCUCACCGAGUACAAGUCGGGUCGAUUGGCAGCCGCGUCUGGUUGCACGGUCGAACAGACACUCGAAGCAAGAAUGAACCAGAUCCUCUCAGGUAUUCGUGACGAGUGUGGUAAGCUUUGUGUGUCGGAGCUCCCUCACUACAACAGUCCGUUGAUCAUGGCACUCUGUGGCAGUAAGGGUUCCAACAUUAAUAUUGCCCAGAUGAUUGCCUGUGUCGGCCAGCAGAUUGUCAACGGUACGCGUAUCCCCAACGGUUUCACGAAUCGUACCACCCCGCAUUUCCCACAUUUCUCGCGUGAACCCAAGGCCAAGGGUUUCGUCGGCAACAGUUUCUACACGGGUAUGAUCCCAACCGAGUUCUUUUUCCACACAAUGGGUGGUAGAGAAGGUCUGGUCGAUACAGCCGUCAAGACGGCCGAAACAGGGUACAUGCAGCGUCGUCUGAUGAAGGCGCUCGAAGAUCUGUCCACCCAAUACGACUAUACGGUGCGUGACUCGACCGGAGGCAUCGUCCAGUUUAUCUAUGGUGAUGACGGGCUCGAUCCCGCCGGUAUGGAGGCCAAGGAGCGUCCAGUCGAUUUUAUCCGUGCCAUGUUGGCCGUCAAGAACCGUCGUCAGUGCCGCGACGAAAAGACACUACGUCCAUUUGAAAUUAAAAAGUAUUUGGAAGGUGUAUUGGAUGGCAACAAGUUUAUACAGUGUACAGAGUACUUCAAGGAGGAGAUUAGAACUUACUUUUACGGUAAACCUAAAAAAGGAAACUCUAAAGAAGUGGAAGGAUACAUUGAAGAGUUGGUUAGAUUGCGCAAGUUCCUCCAACUGCCACCAAUGCUCGACGAAGAUGAAGAUAUCGAGUCGUGUGGACCCGUCGACACUGAGAUGGGUGAUGCCACCUCUGCCGGCGACAGCUAUGACGCGAGAUUUGCAUUUAAAGACAAGGAACAGACAGUUGACCAGUUGCACAGAAUUACCACAACACAAAUGGACCAAUUCCUCGAUAUUUGUUUGGACAAGUACAAUCGUGCUAGAAUCGAGCCGGGUACAGCUGUAGGAGCUAUUGGAGCACAAUCAAUUGGAGAGCCAGGCACACAAAUGACGUUGAAAACUUUCCAUUUUGCUGGUGUUGCCAGUAUGAACGUCACGCUGGGUGUGCCACGUAUCAAGGAGAUUAUCAAUGCUAGCAAGACCAUCUCCACCCCUAUUAUCACGGCCACGCUCAACUGCGACGAUGAUAUUCGUGCUGCUCGUAUCGUCACGGGUCGUAUCGAAAAGACCACCCUCGGUCAAAUAUCAGUCUACAUCAAGGAGGUGUUCCGGUCGGGUGGUUGUUACCUGUCUGUCAAGAUUGACAAGCAUUUUAUCGACUCUAUGCAGAUUGAAGUGUCGGCCGAAUCGAUCAAGGCGUCGAUUCUCGGCACCAAGGGCCUCAAACUCAAGCCCGCCAAUAUCGAAACACUCGGAGAGAAGUUGCGUAUCAAGCCACCCGAGCACAACCGUCGUCUCAUCCUCUACUCGUUGCAAUUCCUCAAAAACAACUUGCCCAACGUCAUUGUACACGGUAUUCCAACUGUCAAUCGUGUCGUUAUCAGCAAGCCCAAUGAAAAGGAAGACAAGUAUCAACUGUUGGUCGAAGGUUACGACCUGCUCAAGGUAAUGGCCACCCCUGGUAUCAAGGGUACCCACACCUGCUCGAAUCACAUUAUGGAAGUGGAAAAGGUACUUGGUAUAGAGGCAGUCCGUUCCAUUAUCAUCUCUGAAAUUCAAAUGAUUAUGGUGUCUCAUGGUAUGUCUAUCGAUAUUCGUCAUAUCAUGUUGAUGGCCGAUCUCAUGUGUUUCAAGGGUGAGAUUCUCGGUAUCACACGUUUUGGUAUCGCCAAGAUGAAGGAAUCAGUACUCAUGUUGGCCUCGUUUGAAAAGACUACAGACCAUCUUUUCGAUGCCGCUGUCCAUCGUCGUCAAGAUGAUAUCGUCGGUGUCUCUGAAUGUAUUAUUAUGGGUAUCCCUGUCCCUCUUGGUACAGGUCUUUUCAAAUUACUCUAUACUGCAAAGAAAACAAAUCUACCAAGAAAAUCUUUAUUAUUAGGUAAUGAACAACAAAAAUAA